UGCACCCUAUUUGACGCUAAAUCGUAGCGUCAAUGAAAAGGCCGCUUUACGGAACCUAUGCAAGUUAGUUACAGUAGUACCAAUUUUGUAACUAGAAAUAUAGCUAAUUCGGAACGCACCCCUUGUUAUUUCCACCAUGGGCUCUCGUAGCGCCACACGCGCGCGCGAAGAGGGGAAUGUCCGGCGCCGUGCGCGAUCGGCGCGCGCUCUCCGAGUCGCUCGCGGAGACCGGAUGUAGGAGGGCGAGACGGCGAGAGAGUGAGCACGGCAGAUGGAAGAGAGGCAUGACGCCAUCUUCGCCAUGUUUUGAUGUCGUCACCCCCCCCCUCCCCGAGGCCGAGCUCUGUUUCACCGUGCAGCACGGCAGCCCGUGUUUUUAAGCGUGUGCAUUUUCGUAGAUCGACGCCGCGCGUCCACGGUGGUGCCCGGUGGUUCCCGGUGGGUUUGGGUGAGUUGCCAGUGGUCCCCGGUGGCACGGUCCGUCACGCGUUCACCGGCCUCCGCACUACUCGACAGUCGCGUAGCCUCCCGUCAAUCCGUAUUCUGUAUGCACGCCGCGCGGGGCUGGAUAAUCCUCGUCCUCGUCCUCGUGCAAGGUUCAUCGUGGGCGAGCGUCGGCUAUCUCGGACGCUUUCAUGUCCGUGGAGGUAGCCGCGGUGCGGGGGGGAUCGGCGAGCGUCGUCUACGCGGUGCUCGUGUCCUAGUUGGCCUCGGCUGGUCGUCCUGCCGCGAGAGAAUCUCGACUCGGGGUCGGGAGAGAUCGAUCGGAGCGCGGCUCACGCUAGCACUGCCUCCUCGCUCCUACCUCGCUCCCGUGCGCUCCUGAGAUCGACCUUACGAACGGCGCGCGCGUUACAUCACGCCACUCGACAAGGUGGGUACGAACCCGUGCGGCGUGCGUGCGUACGUGCGUACGUGCGUGCGUGCGUGCGUGCGUGCGCGCGUACGUCCCCUAUUCUCUCUCUCUCUCCUUCCUCUCGUACGCGCCAAGAGGAAGAGCAGCGACACUAGGGAAAGGACUCUCUAGGCUAGGAAAAAUGGAGCUGUGUUUGCACUCGCCAGCAGGAGCGGAACCGAUCGUCUAUCAGUGGCCUCUCACUUCUGGAUCGGGCUCUGAUCGUCACGAUGGAGCGCUGGACGUUAUCGAAUCUAUGCGAUGGGUUUGCGAAGAUCUGCCAGAUCUCAAGUUACCCUUGGAAAAUAAUGUGCUUUGCGACUACGACCCAAGAGACUACGAAAGUAUGAAAAGUCUGUGCGAUAGAUUCAACAGAGCCAUCGAUAGCUUAGUACAAUUGGAAAAAGGCACGAGCCUGCCGUCCCAGAGGCUAAACAAGAGACCUAGCAGAGGUUUGCUUCGUCACAUACUUCAACAAACUUACAAUCAAGCUGUGGUCGAGCCGGACAAGUUGAAUCAAUACGAGCCCUUUUCACCCGAGGUCUACGGCGAAACGAGUUAUGAACUCGUUUGCCAGAUGAUCGAUCAGAUCGACGUGACAGAGGACGAUGUCUUUGUCGAUCUGGGUUCUGGAGUUGGCCAAGUGGUUCUUCAGAUGGCAGCUGCGACUUUGUGUAAAAUUUGCGUCGGCGUGGAGAAAGCGGACGUACCAUCGAAAUAUGCACAGAGCAUGGAAAUCAAUUUUCGGAAAUGGCUAAAUUGGUACGGGAAGCGGUGCGGAGAAUAUCGCCUGGUAAAAGGAGACUUCUUAGCCGACGAGCAUCGCGAAAGUAUUACCGGAUCUACGAUAGUGUUCGUUAAUAAUUUUGCAUUUGGCCCAACGGUUGAUCAUCAGCUGAAGGAACGUUUCGCUGAUUUGCGGGACGGCGCGCGUAUAGUGUCCUCAAAAUCCUUUUGUCCGCUAAACUUUCGAAUAACGGACAGAAACUUGAGUGAUAUCGGCACGAUAAUGCACGUCUCGGAGAUGUCGCCGCUAAAAGGUUCCGUCUCUUGGACCGGUAAGCCUGUGUCGUAUUACCUGCACGUAAUCGACCGAACGAAAUUGGAACGUUAUUUCCACCGCUUGAAAAACAAUAAACAAGGUGGCUUAGAUGAAAACUCUGAUACUGUGAUAAACAACACUGCCAGCAAUAGUAGUAAGAUUUCUAAUAGGAGUGAGAGAGGGGACAGAGCCAAGAGGGAUCUCUCGAGGCAGUUGGACAGUCCGAAUCAUUCGGAGCAGCAAGGAACAAACAGCGACUCCGAUCUGGACGACAGCGCUAUCAAGAGUCGCCGGCAGCCGAACAAGAUACGGAGGAAGUUCAAUCGAAAAACUGCAAAUGGCAUUACGAGAGCUCCUGCUAGAGGUAGACAGAGGGGCAGAGGCAUCAAGAGAGCCAAGCCUAAGAAGGCAAUCAAUAUAUCUGGAUUAGAUCUGUUACAUAGUCAGACUUUGCUCAGUACAUCGCCUCAAGCUCUCGGGAAGAAGCCCCCGCCUGCUCCCGGCUGCGUAGACCAACAAUUGUCUUCAUUGUCGCUUUCGUUGCAAUCGCAUUCCACUUCGGUGCACGAAGAACUCAGUAUACCACCUGCUCCGUCCGCGACUCCCUACGCUCUACAAAUACUCUUGGACUUGUAUAGGGACCAAUUUAUGCUCAUGUUAGAAUCGAUGAGAACGCCCGCUUACAAAGUGUCCAUUAAUACGGAUAUCGCGAAAGAAAGAGAAAGGAACUCGAAGCUUCAGUCGAGAGCGGCGCAACUGGAGAAACAAAUCAAAGUGCUAAUAGACGAUAGCGUAGCUCUCUUGAAAGCGAGAAUGACUGAAUUAGGUAUCAAUGCUACGUCACCCGGGGAUCUGUUGUCGAAAGCCAAGGAAAUCGUUCUCAGACAUAAACAGCUACAGGCUAAGGCAAGCAAAUUGCAGGCGCAAGUAGCGUCUAUGGAAACUGAACAAAACAGGCUGGUGGCGCUCAGGCAUCAAGAAUUACAGGAGAAAUAUAAUGGUCAGGCAAAUGGCAUGACGAAUCCACACCAGCCGCUCACCGAGGAUUAUUUGUUGAAGGAAAUUUCCGCCACUCUUUCGCAGCGUAAACGUUUGCACUCUCAAGUUUCAAAGCUAGAGCACGAAUUAAACGUAUUGGAGAGGACGAGUAACGAAAAGCAGGCCGCUGCCAUUGCUCAGCAGCAAAAGGAUGCGAUUGGAAGUAAACACUCGGCACAAAAUUUGCAUCACGGUGGACAACAGCAAAGUAAUAAAAAUGGAGCUACGCGUAAAAGCAGGGAAGGCCGCUCGAGGUCGCAGGAAUGGCCCGACGUCCCGGAUAUAGGGAAGAUACAGGAGAACAAUCCAGAGAUAUUGGCGCAAAAGAUUUUGGAAACGGGAAGACAAAUAGAAGCGGGUCGUAUACCAAAUAGGCAGAGUGGUGGUAACAGCAAUUCCAGAGCUAGACUGCCACAGGCGUCUCUCAGUUUCGCCACGCUGUCCACUAUUUCGUCCACCCAAUCGCAGACAGCGCAGAUAGCCAACAAGGACGUGUCGAGUAGAAGCAAUCAAGAGCCACCGAGAGUCGCCAAUUUCGAGGACAGACUGAAAAGUAUCAUCACGAGUGUAUUGAAUGAAGAUCAGCAAAACCGAAAUAAGCAACAACAGAUGCAAUUGCAAAGUCAAUCCGAGUCCGAGAGAAAACGCGUUUUACUACCACAGAAUGUUUCUACUCCGGAUUAUACUCAAGUGUCACCCGCGAAGCUAGCGUUGCGCCGUCAUCUUUCGCAAGAGCGUCUCUCGUCGUCUCACUUGACAUCGUCCGACAGAACGACGAUCGAUCCUAGGCAAUCGUCCAAUUAUGACAAUCGGCUUGCAGCGGGUGGCCCUGGUGGACCACCUGGUGGGAGCGGACCCGUCGUCACUAGGACGAUUGCCGACCUCGUUAAUGGAGAGAUCGAAAGGACUCUCGAGAUAUCCAAUCAGUCUAUAAUCAACGCCACUGUUGAUAUGAGUGCGAUGAUAAGACCCGAAACCGUCUACUCUCCCAUUAGCAGGCCAGCAAGUGCCGAGGGAGACGCCGGUUUGUCGACGUUGGCGCAUGUAGCUAGCUACGCGCCCACCUCCUCGGGGGCUUCCACCUCCACACCCUCGACUAGUUCGAGGUCGUCUGUGCUCUUCACUCCGGCGACGCAACCGCAAAGAUAUACACCGGUUCAAUUGCCGCGGGCGGAUAUUAAGCCUUACCACGAGUCUUACUUUUCGGAUAAUCCGUCUCAGUCGCUCACGCAGUCCCAUUCGUCGCCUUUACAUUCAUCUCAAGGUACAUCGAAUGGGGAGUUGUUACCUGUAGAAGGACUCGCGGCAUCGUUGCACGCUCGAAUAUUGAACAACCACAACAAUGGUGGCGGCGGCAGCGGCAGCGGCGGCGGCAACGGCGGCGGCAAAACCGAGCCGGCGCUUUCCAGCAGUAGAAGAUAUCAGCCGUAUCCACGAUACGCUACAAACGGUAGUAGUAAUGGAAACUCGACGACAACAAGUGGUUCGGUAACGGCGGUUUGUCAAUCGCAACCGUUGGUGUCAGUAAAAACGGAAGCGGUUGUGUCGUCGGUAAGCACAAGCGGAGCACCUUUGAGUCCUCUCGUGGAACCACAUUCCAACACUUCGACGCCACUGGUCGACGAACCCCAGAUGACGACGCAAAGACAACGAAGUGUUGGAGAUGACGAUGGGGAGGAUUGGCAAGAUCGCAUUAGCUCAGGAUUUGAUCGCUUGGUCGCGUUCGCUUCUACAGAAUUGGACAAACGUAGACGAUCAACGGAAGGAGUGAAUACAAGUCCCGAUAGUGGAUUAGGUUCAGACAGCGCCGUAACAGGGCCACCGCCUGUAGUACCUUCUCCGGACGAAGCGUUAGGGCCGCCGAGAACACCUUCUCCGACUAGCCCCCGUCCCACAAAUUCAACCAGUAGUAAUCCCCCGAGCGGCACAUCCUCCUCGGUACCUUUGAAAUACCAACGACAACCAGAUCCUGAGCGGCAUCACUUUAAGAAGAAGUUUUUUCACCGUGAUUGGAAUAAUUCUGCCAGUACCAGCAAGUUUCGUCCCAAGGGCAAAGAUUGGGAUUGGAAUCAUUCCGGGCAAUGGCCUUCGAAUGACGAGCAAUCCUAACUUUGUCUACAUUGCGCGACAGAUAAUUUUCUAUACGAAUCAUAAGUGUUUUCUUUUUCGCUUUUUUUUCUUUCGAAGCCUAGGUGAAGGAAACAAACGGAACGUUGUUUUUACGUUUAAACUUAUUAAAUUAUUACAUUUGUUCUCGUUUUGUUAUUCAUGAUUUUCUUUCACAACGUCACGACCACACGAUCAUUUGUGGCUUUAGAAGCGAAAAGUCUUUUUUUUUUGUUUCAUUCAUAAUACAUCGAAAUAAAUUAGUUUUGUUAACAAGUAGCCGCAAGUCUUAAUCAAUUAUCAUGAUAUUUCGUUCUUGCUGAAAAUGUAAAAAGCACCGACGAACGAAACGACUAAUUUAUUCCGAUGUUGCUCAGUGAGGAAACGGAGAAAAACACUUGCGUCUGCAUGUGAACGUUUCAGCUGAUAAACUCUUGUAAUUAUACAUUUAAUUUGAAAUAAAUUAGUAUUAUACACAUAAUGAAUAUAAUUAUAACAUUAUUAAUGUAAUUAAUGAAUUUCAAGUUUAUAUUGAUUAAGAUUGCAAGGCUACUAGCAAUUUCCCACGUUGUAUUGAGAAUUUACAGAUUUUGAAACAGAGCUUUCAGAUAUUACUCACUGACGUAGCAUUUUAACGUAUUAUUAUUAUUAUUAUUAUUAUCAUCACUAUCGUAAGUAAUCAGGUUUUUUUAGGGUUUUGUGAAUAAUUCCCAUCUCUCAUUAGGUCUCUUGUAACAAUAAUACAAUAUUGUUGAGAUUGUAUGCCAUGUCUUUGUAGAUUUACUAAGGUCUCGUAAUCUACGCCUGUAUACACAUGCACAGAAAACACAUGACACAAACAUAGAUGCAUACACUUGGCUUGAUUGCUACACGUUAGACACGUUAGACACGUUAAAGAGAUAUUAUAAUGUUGUAGAGAUCCAUAAUGUAGGUAUGUAUCAUAAUUAUGUAUGUAUGCAUUGUACGUGCGUAUAUGCGUGUAUGACGUUUGAUACGUAUGUUUGAUACGGCGGUAUGUAUUACAGGCGUAUUACGGUAGACCGAGCGAUUGGCAUUGGAAAAAAAGAGGAGAAAUUAAGCCAGCAAAACCUUUGUGUGUUCGUAGCAAGUAUUGGCUACAAAUUUUAUAUAUGGCUAUAUCUUCCACCAUUUGGAGGAUAUAUACCUAAGUGUUCACUGUGGUUCAUAGAAUUAUGGCAACGGACCGUGGAAAAUAGUCACUUGAAAUGCAUUCGUAUUUUACGUGGAAAAGUUGCAAGGUAAAUUUUUGUUUUCGGUACGCGUCUACAUCUACAUCAUUGUGUGAUUGUGCGAAGUAUCCAAAGAAUGGCAGUUGCGAGUCGGUUUACAAAGUUUUACAUGAUGCGUCAUAUAAUUGAGCAUCAUACAUGAUUUUCGGUGCUGCGAAAUGAAUCGAGUAAACGUUGGAUAAACAAGUAGUACUUGAGGUCGACGCUUUAAAAAAGCGAUAUUGUAUGUAUAAAGGUCCUUUCUUUUUCACAUUGCCGAGUUAUUGCGCUCGUGUACAGGACGAUUUUUAAUUAUAUGUCAAUCGAGCACAUUCCGACGUGAUUUAUCGUUUGUUAAUACAUGUUGCGAUUUUAGGAUGCGCUACGCCGCGGCGCGCCGCACGUGUGGACGACGCUUGUAGCAUGUUUUUAUUACGAUUGGAAAAUCUAAAUCUAUGCGUACACGCGUAUUGACAUAUAAUUUGAUUUCAUCUCGUAUGUACAUACGUGUCUUGUUACAAUUGUAAUAUUUAAUUUCAAAGCUGCAAGUAUCACUUGAAAAUAUCCAUAAUUGAUUCCCUCUUGAAUUAUUUUAGAGACAACAUGUUUCAAAAAGUGUUGUUUGAAAUGAAAUAAUACAACUGUAAUAUAGAGAUAUACCUAUACAUAUAUAUAUACAUAUAUGGAAGGAUCAUCAUGUUAGACUGUGAGAAAUUGAUUAUCGUAUUAUUUAAUAUAUCCUCUAAACGUCAUAUAUUUAUAGUUGUAACGAGCAUUGCCAAGCAUGCUAGAUACACUGCCGAAUCUUCGAAUGAAUUAAUUUUAUUAUUCAUCGCAAUUAUUAUUUAUUGUUUUUAUUGAGAUAUUUUAAUACUAUUACUAUUUGGUAACAAGUAAAGUUUUUCUCUAUUAUUUCUACCUUCCCGCAUCUAGCAGUUUUCUAGCGGUACUUUCGAUAUAUCAAUAAAACGAUUGCUUUGCGGUUAUUAUCGUAUACUCGUUGUCACCUCCUUUACCGAGGCGCAGUUUAUCAGCGUACAACAAAUGACAAGUUCCGAUAUCGGUCUUUACGAGUUGAAAGUUUUACAAUUCAAUCAAAUUACGGUCGAUUAAAUAAAUUGGUUCUUCCGCGUCACAGGUAACGCAGUCCCGCCGCUGCAGGUGGCACGAGUAUGUUGAGUACGUGCGUAGGUGUCAAUGACACGAUGAAUAUUUUUAAAUACAGGUACCAACAUGCACUUUGUACGUAAACUUGCGAAUAACGAUAACGAUAACGAAUGUGUACGGGUUUUAUAUCUUGGAUGUAUUUAAAUAUAUAAAGAGACGUUGGCGUUCCUUCAAGUACUUGAACUUGAAACACACAAA